CCCAAAAGCUCCCGAGGUCUGAGGAUUCUCGCGCUCGGAGGUCUCCCGAGCUCCGAGGGCUCCCGCGGCCUGAGGUCUCCCGCGCUCCGGGGUCUCCCGCCGCCCGAGGUCUCUCCGGCUCCGAGGGCUCCCGCGACCCGAGGUCCCGCCCCCACCAUGCGGCUGAGAAGUCCUGGACUGCUCCUGCUGCUGCUCGGUGCCCUGCAAGCCGCGGAUACUCGAGAGCAGGAAGUCCGAGCGCUGGUGGGCAGCGACGUCGAGCUCAGCUGCGUCUUCCCCGAAAGCCCCACUUUUGAUCUCGACGACCUGUACGUGUACUGGCAAAUCAGUGCCGUGGGCCACCCGACGACUGUGACCUACUACCUGUCGGGGAACAGCUCGGCGGGCCUCGAGGACAACCGCUACAGGGACAGGGCCUGGCUCUCGCCGGACAGCAUGAAGCACGGCGACUUCUCUCUGCGUCUCUACAACGUCACCCCCCUCGACGAACAGAAGUUCAACUGCCUGGUGUUUAGGAAAUCGUUGCAGUUACAAAAGAUCUUGGACGUGGUGGUGACGCUGCACGUGGCAGCGAACUACAGCGUGCCGGUGGUCCUCGCGCCACACGGCCCCUCCGAGGACGAGGAGCUCACGUUCACGUGCACGUCCGUGAACGGCUAUCCAAAACCAAACGUGUACUGGAUCAACAAGACGGACAACAGCGUGCUGCCCGAGGGUCUGCAGAACAGCACCGUCGUCCUGAACGCACGCGGCUUGUACGACGUGGUCAGCGUCCUGCGGGUCAGCCGGACCCCCAGCGUGAACAUCGGCUGCUGCAUCGAGAACGUCCUUCUGCACCAAAACCUCACGGGCCUGUGCCAGACAGCAGAAACGUUCACGACCCCCGAACCCGGCAACACAGGGAGCCACACGGACGUCCGCAGGAGGGAUCACGGGAUGGUGCUGAGCACCCUGGCCGUGCUGGGCGUGGUCGUGGCCGUGGCCGUGGCCACCGGCUGGGUGUGUAGGAGCCGAUGUCCCCGCGGGUUUCCAACCAGGUGCCCGGCUGCAAAGCCAGAGCGGACAUUCCCUGACUGUGUCUGAUGCGAACUCCCCGGCCAGGAGGUGGACAGGGCUGCUGUGAGAUGCCACCAGGAGGGACGGCGGACGGCGGCUUGAGAAGUGGCAGGCCCGGUGGCCAAGGGGGACCAUCUGCCCCCACCGGCGCCAUUAACAAGGGAGUUUCAUGGACUCGGGGCCUCUCCAGCCUGGAAGGGACACGCAGGCCCCUGCCUGACCCCAGGGAGAGCUGUCCAGGGGCUGCCCCGAUCCCGGAACAAGGACAAGGACCUCUCGAGUCAGCAGGACACACGUGCCCCCACGUGGGCGGGCUCCCCAGCUCUGUUGCUUCGCGAUGGCUCCCUCCCCCACCCACCCCUGCAGCCCGUGGGGCUCCUCUAUAUCCAAAACCCACGGGGCUUGGGGGCAGUGUGGCUUUUCUGAGACCGGCGGAGGGCGUCUCACUUAGGAGGAAGAGCGAGGGCGCGGGCUCUCCCGCGACUGCCCUGCUGGGUGAAGGUGACUCAGGGGUGUCUGUGGGACACGGAGGCGCCAGUGUAUCCCUCCCGCCCCCCGAGACGCAGGGCCGUGUGUCUGCACGUGUGUGUCUGUCCAGGAUGCCGGUCACAGUCACGGUCAACGCUGCAAAACCCCUGACAGACUCCUGGGACUUUGUGUUCUUCUGAGAUCCUCACUGGGAAGAAACCCCGAUCUUGUUUGUUUUGGCCCAAAGCUGGAUUUCCCUCCGAAAAAGUCAGUGGAAUUUUUCGAGAAGAUAGUCUGCUCUCGGGCAGCCCUGGCAGGAACCACGGCCUCCGAGGGUGCAAAGGGAACAACCCAGAAACUCGCUCAGGCCGGAAAGGGAGCGCGCGUCUCCGGGGGACACGGCUUCGCCAGGGUCCGUCCAGGGCCCUCAGUGGCAGCGUGACACGCAUGGAGGGGGCGUCCUCCUAGCGUCAGAAUGUGGCGUGAGUUCCAUGCCGCCCUCUGCACCUGUCACCCCCGGCCUGCCCAGAAGGGACAAACACCAGGCUCCUCGGAGCCCCCCGGGCCCUGGCGGGGCACGCAGAGGUGUGCGGCCCACGGCUCUGGCCGUUCACAUGUUGUGGCCCUGAAUGAGUCUAGCUGCUCGUGCUUCCAGAAGCUUCUGUGAAGGAGGCUGCCAGGUGAUGCAGGUGUGCACAGCCCCUGGGACACGCAGCCUGUCGUCCCGCCUGCAGUCACUCAGCACUGACGGCGUCAGGAGCCCCCAGACCCGGACCCGGACUGGGACAAACACAAGGGCCAGGCUCGGGGCGAAGCUGAGCCCAGCACUUUCUAGGAGAAACUGUCCGUGUCUGUUUCUGUACCCAGAACUCCCCUCACGGCUCUGACGCGAGCGCGGCGAGACCCGUGAGCAUCCGACUGCGUGAAGCAUGAGAAGGGACAAGUCCCUGCAGGGGGACGGGGUCCGGGGCAUCCAGAGCGGAAGCACGAGGACGGCCAGGGUGCGGGGAGGGGGCGCGGGGCCCGCCACCAGCCCUGGGCGCCCUCCCUGCAGCCUGUAGCAGACCCCACCCGCAGGGCGCCCCCCGGGCAGGACCCAGUGUGGUCUGGGAGGAGGUACAGCGACCCCUCGCCCUUCAGCCUGGACAUCACCGUCUGUGGGCGGGUCGGAGACCACUGUUCUCACGUCUGCUUCUGGAAACCUGGUUUAUGAGAAUACAAGAUGAAAGCGG